UGGCAGUACUCCAGUAAAACUGCCGCCAACAGCAAAGUAAAACUGAAGAAGAAGAAACUCGUCACUGUUCAAAACAAAAAGUUCCGCCUGUCGGUCUGGCACCGUGUUUUCAUGAAGAUGUCUCAAAAUACUCCCGACAAAGACGAUGACCAAACGUCAACCAACAAAAAAUCCCUCUCCCUCCCGACCUCCAGGGUGAGGCUGAUAAUGAAGAGCUCCCCGGAUGUCUCCUGCAUCAACCACGACGCGCUGUUUCUCACCACCAAGGCUACAGAGCUGUUUGUGCAGCACCUAGCUGUGUCUUCAUAUACCAACGGAGCAGGGAAAGAGACCAAAUCUCUGUCAUACAGCGACCUGGCUAACACCACAGAGGAGAACGACACUUUCCAGUUUCUCACAGAUAUCCUACCAAAGAAGAUCUUGGCUGGAGAUUACCUCAAAUCUUUGGCGCAAUUGCAAGAAGAUGACGACAACGCUGACUUUUAAAAGGAACACUGGCUGCAUUUCACGUCUGGACAAAUGUUAUCAAAUGUGCACAUCCUGUCAUUUAUUGAGGGCACUGCAAUGCUUUUAAAAUACAUUGACAGAGUUAAGCUGUAGGGCUCAAGAAAGACGUUAGAGCACAUGGGACUGAAAGUACAGCCACUAAGGGCAAAUGUGAAAUCAAGUGAAGACUCAAGAGUUCACGUUCAUAUACUAGAACACAGAGGAACACUGGAGCUUUACUGUCUAAGAUAAAUACUUGAUGCCAUAAAUCUAGAAUUUAACAAUGGCCAAAACAAAGCAUAAUGCAAUCAGUACUCAAGAUUUUGAACAUUUCAUUAUUUCAGAACAAUUUUCUUGAAGGUUUUCUGGUAGCAAUGUCUUACACAUUUAGUGCUUGUUUUGCAUGUAUAACAUUUAGGAGGAGGGAAGUGAUAUACAAGAUAACAACUUGCAGGCCUGUAUGGGCUCACUCCAUGCAACAGACCAACACAUAUUGGAAAUCCAUUCCACACAGCUGGUGCACAGAUGUCUCCAUUUUAAGAUGCCAUCAAACAUUGAUUUCAAACAAGUGAAAUAUGCUGAUGUUCCUGAUUCAAAGUUAUACAUAGUUUUUUUUUUUUAAAUAUAUUGUCCAUGUAUUAGUAACGGGUAGUUUAUCAUAAAUACUUGAAAGUAAAAAAUACACAUGCCGCUUUUCUUUUCUUCACACUAUAUAUGUGAAUAUUUAAAGUGUAUAUAACACAUUCUCCUCAUUUAUUUGCUAAGGAAUUGUUUAGAUUUGAGAUUAAAAUAAAGAUUCAGGCCAUCUGAUAA